UCAUGCGUAUUCAUUUCGUUCAAAUUCAUUGAGAGGAAAACAAUGAAAACGUUUUUGGGGGGUUGGAGUCUCGCAGGAUUACUCAUUCUCUUCAACAUUCUUGCAAAUGGGGAAACGGGUUUUGAUGAAAUAGGAAUGUUAAACGAUUUCAAUGGAACAAAUGCUAAUGUUCUGAUGGUAGGACUCACUCUUGUCCAAGCCGAUGCUGCUAAAGGAGCGGUGUGUCUGGAUGGGUCAGUGCCUGGAUAUCAUUUGUAUCGAGGUUAUGGUUCAGGAGCAAACAAUUGGAUCAUUCAGUUACAGGGAGGUGCGUGGUGUACCAGCAUAAAAGAUUGUCAGAACCGUAAGCAUAGUGGUUAUGGAUCGUCUACCUUAAUGGAGAAAGAGUUGGCGUUUACAGGGAUACUAAGCAACAAAGCCGCUGAGAAUCCAGAUUUCUACAACUGGAACAAAGUAAAAGUCCGGUAUUGUGAUGGCGCAUCCUUUGGCGGUGAUAGCGAAAACAAGGCGGCGCAACUUCAGUUUAGAGGAAAGCGUAUAUUUUUAGCUGUCAUGGAAGAUUUGAUGGCGAAGGGAAUGCGACAGGCAAAACAGGCUCUGCUCAACGGAUGUUCUGCUGGCGGUCUUGCAGCUAUUUUACGAUGCGAUGAUUUCAAUGACUUGUUUCCUCCUACCACCAAAGUAAAAUGCAUGAGCGAUGCUGGUUUCUUCCUCGAUGCCGUUGAUGUAUCUGGAGGUCAUUCUAUAAGGCGUAUGUAUUCUGGUGUUGUAAACACCCAGGGUUUGCAAAACACGCUUCCUCGCACCUGCACAAGCCAUAUCAGUCCAAGUUUGUGUUUCUUCCCUCAAUACAUAAUCAACCAAGUCAAGACCCCGUUGUUUAUUCUCAACUCCGGUGUUGAUGCGUGGCAGAUUGGAAAUAGCUUAGCUCCACCAUCUGCUGAUCCGAGUGGCAGUUGGCAUAACUGUAGCUUUAGCUUCAGGUGCACUCCCUCUCAGAAGAAAUUCUUGGAAGGUAAGAAUGAUAGAUAA